UAUCAAUUUGCCUUUUGUAAAUUUGCAGUUUAUGUAAGGGAAGGCAGAUUGUCGAAAUCACCCUGUGAGUGUGAUUCAGUCUUGACGCAACAGGUACAUUUUUUUUACGUGGGUGAUAUGGAUACGCCUCUUUUGGUGUGUAAUUGAUCAAUAACGUGUAAAUGCUGUUACACUCCGUCUGCCUAACUCGACACAAUUUGCAUGAGUAAAUUCGUUGUAGUACGUCUGGUGCACCGUCCUCACUGCUGCCUUGAGCAUUUGCACUACGAAACAAAUAGACGGACACCAGACUAAGCAUUUUCGUUGAAAGAGCCGCCGCGCCAGAGCUGGUGGUGUUACAGUGGCAGCUUGGAACUCCAAGAGAUGUCGAGAAUUCAGGAUUUUAAAACCGUGUAUUCGUUCGUAAAAUGUGGAGUAGACAUGUACGACUCGUUGAAACAUGGCUUAGGCGUCUAGUUCGCCCUUCCCAUCUACUUGGGGAGCAAGUUUUGGUUGGAUUUUCCUGCGACUGAACGAGGCAAGUUUUCACCGGUUUCUGCCAAUGCCGUCGACUUGCGUUAAAUGCGUAUUUGUACUGCAUGCAACCGCUUACCACCUCAGCAGCAAACGUGCGAUUGGAAUCCGCUAAGUAAGCGUGUGCGCAUUGUGUGUACAUGGUGUAUCGGCGGAUUUUCAUGUGCACGACGCCUACAGUUCGGCUCCUUGGAUUCUUGGACAAAAUUUCAGUGCCCAUUUUGGGCAGAUUCUCGUUCAUUUUGAUAGACCCGGGAACCCGUCAUUUUCCACCACAAUGAUGGGGUUUCCGCGGCGGGGGGAGGACAAUCUCACCCGCGCCACGUCGAUGUGUAAGAAUUUCCAGCCGAACAUGUUUAACAAGACCAAAUGCCAGAACUGCUUCAGGACCAGGGAGGCCCACGAUUUGGAUGGAGGGGACGGGAGCAAUAAACCCAAGAAGGUUCUGCUGUGUGGCUACUUGUUCAUUGCACCUGGGCUAGACCCGGAGAACCCAAUCUCACGCACAAGGAAAUGGCAGCGCCGAUGCUUUAUCUUGUAUGAGAAUGGAGAACUUGCCUAUGCCUUGGAUGAUGGCAUCAACACGGUGCCUCAGGGUGUCAUCAACAUGUAUCAGUGUUCCACGAUCUUCAAUGCUGACACGCAAACAGGCCAGAAGUUCUCCCUGGGCAUCCAAACAACCACUGCCACCACUUUCAUCCGCGCUGAGACACGUGAAGAGAAAGACAGUUGGUUGGAGACCCUCUCAGAGUACCCCGAAAUCAACAAGGAGAAUGAGCGACUCAAGCAACGGCAGCAGAAACUUGCUGCGCAGCAUGCGGCAAGAGAGGAAAAAUAUGCAAAGCUCAAUGCCAAACCUGAUACCCCACCCACCGGUAGCCCCAAGACAGAGACACCUCCCAAGAGCACCAUCGACCAGUCCUGGCCCAAGGCCUCUGAGGAGUCUGUCUUGAAGGAGCUGGACCAGUCCAAGUGCAACGAUCCCCUGAAGCGAUCACAGAGCUCUGUUGAAAGCAGGCCUCGAUACUCCGACCCCACCAACUCGUCUUCCUUGUACUCUCGGACCAUUUCAGUGCAGGCGCCCUCGGCACUGGACCAGCCGGACCACUCGUCCCAGUUGCUGACGUCAAAGAGAAAGAAUGAGAUCCCAUCUAGCCUGUCUGCCAAGUCCAUCCGAUCGGACGAGGAUGUCCGAUCGGCCUCGCAGGCUAGGACACCCCAGGACACGGAGACCCCAGCCGACUUGCAGGGAACCAGGAUGUCCUCACGGUUGCGGUCACGCAUCCGCGCCUCAGACACAGGCAUCUCAGAGCUGUCCAAGAUGGGUGCGGCCCAGGCCCUGGGGAUACAGAGAAGCCGCAGUGACGUCGUGAUCAACCGGUCAGCCUAUACACCUUCUCCACCAGAACAACAACAAUGUCAACUCGGAUGUGCCUGGGCUGGGGAGCCGCGGGGACCCGCAGCGGCGGAGCUGGCGGCUACGUAGCACCCAGGAACAACCGUUGACUGAA